AUGUCAAGUAGCAUGGUGUGGGUGUCUGUGAAGGUAGCACAAGCCAUUGCCACUGUAUCUCCUGCUAAGACCAUCCAUGUGCCAGAUGAGUACCUGCUUCUUGGAAGUGGUUCAAAUGUGUUGCCUCAUGGGAUUCAGUAUUUUGGCAACCCUGAAAAUUGUGCUACAACAGAUUUGGAUCUGAGGAGUCAUGCAAGGUUAGAGGAGGUGGAGAGGUUAUGGAGAGUGCCAUGGAGAACAUGGCUGACUGACAAGUUCCAGAUGGAUGUGAGAUGUGGAUUCGGAGGAGUCACAAGGUGUAGGUGGAUUCUGAACAAUGCACCCACUGAUGAUGGGGGAGUUUUGGGAGAGGACAAUUGCCUAGAUGACAAGUACAGGUACUGGUCUUAUGUCAAAACCCAUCCUGCCCAUGUGGUUCUCUCCCAAGGGUCCUGGCAGGAGGCUGUGGACAUACUACAUUGGUCCUACACAGAUUGGCUGCUCACCCAUCCCCAACCAAUUCAGCCACCUUUUAGUCAGGAGGAGUGUCAGGAACUGUUGAGACUACCCAAUGAUCUGAGUCAGCAAUCCACUCUUUCAUACACACACAUGGUCGCUCACAUUCUUCUACAUGCUGGUCAAUUUCAGGCCACACAAACUGCUCCCAUGAGACAUCAUUGCCACACACACACCAAGGCAGACCCUGAUGCUAUGCACAGCAGUCAAGAUAUUGAUCAGUAUACUGUGCCUUGGCAUCCCAUUCUUGUUUGUGGAUCAAUCUGCAUUAUCCUCAGUGCCUCUGACAUGCUUAUCUCAUUCCUGGGACUGGAUGGUAUCGCACACAUUGGAGGUCUGGUUGCCAUUUCAUGUUCUGUUCUGAGCACAGUUACAUCUUUCCUGUCUAUUUUCCAGUAUAAAGCAGAGUUGCUGCAGGGUUCUGCAGCUGUUCAUCAUGCAGUUGCUGCUGCCCAUGAAGGAUUCAUAUUUCUCCCAAAUCUGUAA